AUGGAGGCUAUUGGAAAAUAUAAGUACAUCGAGUUCUACGCUACUCGAAACGACACAAUCUGGUUAAGCAUGGAUAUCAAAGAAAUGAACGCUCAAAUUUUUGGAGGAAUAGUUGUAUUCGGUCUGCUAGCCAUUUAUCUAGUCAAUCUCGGGUCGGCACUUGUCUUGUUCCAACAAUUAAGACGACAACAAGCUCAAAUGUCGGAAAGCACUUACAAAUCGCACACUUCAGUUCUCUACAUGCUUGUCAGUCAAAACAUGUACCCCUUCUUGGUGAUGAUGUUACCAGUUUGCUACACGAUAUUUGCAUUUGCCAGCGACUCAUCAUUUCUCCUCGCCUCGAGUUUCUAUAAGCAUGUUGCCUCCUGUGGACUGAUGAUCUAUCCGGCUAUGAGCUGUUUGGUAUCGAUUCUCGUCAUGAAACCCUAUCGUGAAUACGUGAAACGAAAGUUGUACGGAUGGAAAGUGAGAAGUGUAGUAACAACAGAGGGAAAUUCGAAGCAAGGAAAUUUAUGG